GUUCAAAAGUUCAACUAUCUAGUAGUUGUAUCAGUGCACUUGGAAUUGAAGACAAUGUCACAAACCGCAUAGCAAAAGCAAAGCAAAACCUUUGCGAAUCUUCGCUAAAAAUGGCGCCGGCGCGACACCACUCCCGCUCUGAAGGGUAGAGUGGGCAAUGCAGCCGUGCGUUCGACCCUAAUGUACGGUUGUCAAACAUAAAGAAACUAGUUACGUUCGACCACUGGUGCCUUCGCAGUUUUGGCUCCAAUCUAGUGGGAACACCGGAUGAUCAAAGGGACGUGUUCGACACAGUUUAUGGCUCAGGAAGAGGAAGUGAACCGCUCAACACCGUUAGUUCAGGCAUCAGGCCCCGAUGGUUGGGCCACAUACUACACAGGCAAUUGUUUCAUUGGCUGGUUGAAACACAUCAACUCUCUUCUCAUUCGUUGUGUGAAUUCCGGACAGUUAAAAUUGAUUGUUGUGUAUGUCGUCUGUUACUCCCUUGUCAGGACGAAUAUAUAUGCUGCCUUUUUCUGCGGCCUCCUUGAUACAACAUUUGGCCUCGCGAGUUCAAAGAAGGACCUUUCCAUACAACCCCCGUCUUCAUUCUGGACUGAUUGCGGUGUCAGAGUAACAACAAAUGUCUGGCAUCGUUGGGAAACGUCCUUCCGAAACUACUCGGAUUUAAUAAGCGAUUUCCAUGCUGCUCUUAGUAAGGAAAAAAUAUUGAAGCUACUUCGACAUUCACUCGGAAAUGAGGGGCAGCGAAAGUUUGAUGAUUUGGGUCUCCAAGAAUGUAAAUCCGUUAAAGAAGCUUUCAAUGCUCUCGAUCGCACAUGGCGUUAUGAAAUGAAUGUUUUUACCGCGAGAUACGUUUUCUCCCGCAUGCAUCAGGGAACAGUGAACCUUUGAACGAUUUCAUUUCCCGGGUAAGUCGCGCAGUACGAUCUUGUGAUUAUUCGUCCAUUCCCCAGAAAAAGAUCGAAGGCUGUAUGCUGACUCAGCAACUAAUUUCUAGAAUCGCUGACAAUCGUAUACGUGAGGCGCUGUUGCAGGAAGUGGCGUGCACAUUAACGUGGGAUCGAGCUUGUGAGGUAGCCGAAUGAAAACUGGAAUUUCAUUGCAAUCGAAACAGCUCUGUUCGACCAACACCGCUGAGGUGGCAAAGGUGCAAUCCUACCGAUAAGUAGCAUCCGAUAAGCCAUCUUGCUAUCACUGUGGAAUGGCUUCUCACAAAGCCAAUUUUGCCAAUUGCCCCGCACAUACACUUAAGUGUAAAAUCUGCGGCAAAGUUGGGCACUACGUCCGAUGUUGUCGGGUGCAAGCCAUUGCGCUUGUCAACAACGGUGCCACACCUGUAAGACAUGUUGCUGAUCCAUCUCAGGAGAACAGUUAUCCCAUCACCACUAAUGCUAAUGCUGAUGAACACGUUUGGUUGGACACGAUUGCCGAUAUGGCUAGGAGCCGACCUCAGUGGCGUUCGUGCUGUGAGUUCCUUUGUCCCACCCCAUCCCUCUUAGCCUCCCUCUCCAACCACG